AGUAGCAAAGAAAUAUCAUGAGGUGUAAAACUAAUUUCUCCAUGGACUGUUCAACAUAAGAACAGCUGAACCGGUGUAUGAUGUUUUGUGUUUGUAUGAUUGAGACUUGUAUUACCCGUUACACACAAUUAAUGGGGGAUGAUUAUUUCAGUACCAUAUCCCCAAUUCGACUCAGGAGAAUGGUCUAAGUAAACCUGAAGGUCCCAACAAUCAUACAAUGACAAUUGUUAACUGCAGUACAGAUUUCCAGUUUUGUUCCAAGAGUGCUGAUGCGGACUACUUCACCAGUAGCUAUUCUCUGGCCUCUCAGAUCGUGGCCAUCUCCUUCCUCAUCUUCUCCUGCCUGGCCGGAAACGCCCUUCUCUGCUAUGCCGUCUACAAGACGUCUUCCAGGUUGUCAGCCUCCUCCAUCUUCAUCCUCAACCUGGCAGUCACCGACAUCCUAGUUGGAACUCUGGUUCUCCCCUUCUGGAUUCUGUCCACGGCGACUCUAUCCUGGCCUCUCUCAAACGCCGUCUGUGAGUUUACAGCGUUCCUUACAACGACUUUAAUGCAGUGUUCCAUCUUCUCGUUGUGCGGGAUAGCUGCUGACCGGUACCUCAACAUCCGUCACCCCCUCCGCUACCCCAUAGAGGCCACGUUCACUAGAGUGUCGCUCGUGGUACUGGCUAUCUGGUGCUUCUGUGUGUCUAUCGCAAGUUUCCCCCUGUUGGGGUGGGGAGACUACAGGUUCCAGCCUCAAACUGUUCCAAUAUGUAACCCAGAAUACAUCUCAGAGGUUUCCUUUACCAUAUUCCUAAUUGUGUUCGGAAUGGCACUGCCAUUUACUAUCAUGCUUUUCUCUUAUAUCAGAAUAAUUCAAAUUGCUAGGAGUCAAAUACAAAAGAUCCACUCUCUACAGAGGACACUUGAGAAACCCUCGCCAAAACAUUUCCUCAGCGUGGAAGGGCAUCAGCCUGCUGAGAGCAAGAGAACACCCCUCACCACCAAGUUCUCCAGGAACGUUAAGGCCGUAAGAAAAGUGUUCAUCGCUGUAGGUGUGUUCUUCCUCUGCUGGGGGCCGUAUGUGAUCCUGAACUUCUGGUCAGUUAACAAUGAACACAUUCCCGUGCCAUACUUGGCUGACCUGUUGACCACCCUCCUGGCCUUCGCCAACAGCUCCGUGAACCCAGUCAUCUUCAUCCUCCUCAACAAGGACUUGAGGAACGUCAUCAGGAAGCUAGGACAUCGUCUACUGUGCUGGGUGUCGUCCAGCAGCAUGUCUGUUGAACACUCCGACUUGGUGACCUGCGUGGUAAGGAGCGAGCACAGGUCCCGGGGUCCAUCACGGCCUAGAAGCCAGCAGGUCAGUCUCAACAGCAGAGAUCUUAUUCACAUGGAGAAUACAAGUGAACAUAACGUAAGUUUCCACUUGACUCCGGUUGAGAGUGCUGAGUUUAGGACAGGUCGUGGGACAACCUUAAGGGAACAGUACAACAGGCCUGUGGUGCUCACUCUCCCUGGCGUGGUGUGACAAGUGACAUGGAUGUUGACGAUGUUCCUUAAGGAACUGUCAGUAAGUUAAGGUUCCAUCGAGGUGAUGAACGGACUUCAAGUGUACUGUUUUUAUGUUGAAGUUGUACCAUUGGAGCAAGAAAAAACAUAUUUCUAUAACUGUCAUGCAGUUUUCCAGUGGCUGCCUUACAAUAGAAUACUGUCCAUUUGUACUUUAAUAAACCAUAAUUCAACUAUGCAUAGCAGAUGUAUACUAUUUUAAAUUUUUCAAUUGCAUAUUUUUCUCUUCAUAAUUUGAACUUUUUCAACAUAAGCUUAUGAUUACAUCCAACAGAUAAAAAUCAGAAAGAGGUGACAUGCAGUUUGGAAAAUCAGAAAGAAACUCUAUUUUUCCAUUGGAUAAGCUGUUUUAUUUACAAGUGUGAAUAAGCAUGUCACAUCGUAAUAUCACAUGUCAGUUGUAUAAAAUAAUGCAUAAUGCAACAAACCUUACAAUGUACAUAUCAAAAUAAAAUCUUUUCAAAAUUAACAUGGAUUUUCAUAUUGUAUUCUUGUUUUCCAUAUUAACAUAUGAACAAAAUAUAACAAUAACUAUUACUUUGAUUUUGUACAAACAUUAGACAAUAUAUAUAUUUUCUAAGCAGUAGUUAACAAAUCACUGUAUUACUAUAUGUGACAGAAAACUUUGAGUACAUUUCAUACAUGUGUACCCUUAAAUGCGUACUAACAAACAACAAGAGGAUAUCACAGAAUACUGGACGGAAACUACAUGUGUGACACAUGUCUAUGGACACCUUGGUGACAUACGCAAUACAUAAUUGUCAACACCAUA